AUGCGAACUAUUUGUCGUGAAUCUGCUCUGCAGCCGAAAUUGGGCGUGGAGACGGGUCCUGCAGCCAUCCGCGAGACGGGGAUUUUCAAAGCUCUCGCACAAUUGGGGCGUGACGUGAGAGAUUACGGAGACGUGCGCCCGGACCUCAUCGAUCCCGAUCCGCCCCUUCAUGGCAUGAGGAACUGGCGGAACAUUCACUCCUACAACCUCAAGGCGAGUCAUCGAUAUGGGAUCGAUAAUGUUGAUAUCACAUUGGCGGACCGGGUGAAGCAGGUGAUCGAGGACGGGAAGUUGUGCGUGACGCUGGGAGGAGAUCACAGCAUCGCAUUGGGGACCGUGUACGGGCACGUGCUGGCGUCCAAGAAGAGUGUGGGCGUGAUCUGGGUAGAUGCGCACGCGGAUAUCAACACCCCGCUCAGUUCGCUUAGUGGGAACGUCCAUGGCAUGUCUCUCUCCUUCCUCUGCGAGGAACUCGAGGACUACCAUCCUCCGAUUCCCAGUUGGGAAUGGCCGGAUCCUUGCCUCACAGCGGAUCGCAUCGUGUUCAUCGGCCUCAGGGACGUCGACCCUUUGGAAAGGUUGGCGAUAGACAAGACGGGAGUGAAGGCGUACAGCAUGCACGAAGUCGAGCAGCUGGGCAUCAGAGAGGUGGCAAGAAGGGCGAUUGAAGAUAUCAACCCCAACGGGGACAGGGCGAUUCAUGUUAGCUUCGACAUCGAUGCCAUUGAUCCCGUCGUCGCCCCUUGCACCGGGACACCCGUGCCAGGCGGAUUGUCGCUUCGAGAGGGAGAGUACUUGAUGGAGGUGAUCCACGAGACAGGGGCUUUAGAGGCCUUGGACAUGGUGGAAGUGAAUCCCCUUUUGGGAUCGGGGGAGGAAGCAGAGAAGACCGCUCAAGCAGCUGAAUUGUUGAUCUUGGCUGCAUGUGGACGAUACCGCGGUGGGAAUGUUCCUCUUGGUGUUACAGAUCUCCCGUUGUCGAGGAAUUCUUAGUUCAUCUUUUACAAGUGAUUUUGAUCACAAGUGCAAUAUCCUUUUUUUGUUUUCUUGUUUUCCAUGGUUCUAACCCUAGUACUUGAAUGUACUUAAAUGUCGUAACCUUUCUGAUUGUUUAACGGUAACAAUUUUUGUUAUUCAGGUCCAUCCCCGGAUAAUUAUUCGUCUGCACAACAUGUCUUAAUGAAUACAGGGAGCCGGUGAUGUGUUGAUUUUAUCCCCAUUUUGAUGUUUUCUGUUAUCUGGAUGAAAAUAUCUAAUAAAAGGAACUCAACUGGGCAAAGCCCAAUCCAGAAGAGAGUGUCGAGAGUAUUGCCCAAGGUAUGAGUGAAACAUUGGGAGACAUGGAAAAAGGAAAUAAAUUAGAUGCCUGGAAUUGAUUUGCAUGGGGAUGGCUGAUAUGGAUGGUGGAAAGAUCUCUAACACCUUGCUUUUAAAUGAGUCACUGAAUUUCAAUGUUAAUUCUAAUUC